CAAUCACAGCGCAUGUCCUCUUGCGAAGAGAACCAUACACGGCGACCCGGCGGCUACAGCAGGCUAUCGCUUCUCUGCCACCGGGCUAAUAUGAGCCUUUAAUUGAGAGUUAAGACAUUAAACCGGAUGCCUCUAUGAUCCAGCUAACAUUACAGCGAGAUAUACAGUGUUCAGUUUGCACAAGAGGUGAGCCAUGGCUGAACCGAACGCCUCCCGCCCCCAAAGGAAGAUGUCCACCGCUGGGGAGAGUGUGUACAAGGUGCUUGGCCUGGAGAAAGGAGCGACAGCUGAGGACAUCAAGAAAGCAUACAGGAAACUAGCCUUGAAGUACCACCCGGAUAAGAACCCAGACAACCCAGACGCAGCAGAGAAGUUUAAGGAGAUUAACAACGCCAACUCUAUUUUAAACGAUGAGACCAAGAGGAAGAUCUAUGACGAGUAUGGCUCCAUGGGCCUGUACGUGUCUGAGCAGUUCGGAGAGGAGAGCGUCAAAUAUUACUUCCUCAUGUCCAAAUGGUGGUUUAAGGGUCUGGUGCUGUGCUGCACGAUGUUCACCUGCUGCUGCUGUUGCUGCUGCUGCUGUUUCUGCUGUGGGAAGUGUAAACCACCUGACGACGAUGACCACUACCAGUACGUGGACCCUGAAGACCUGGAGGCACAAAUCAAAGCAGAGCAGGACGGAGGAAAGUGACGGAGCGGAUGAGCCUCAACUAGUGAAAGCAGCCUCUCGAGCCCCUUCUAUGAUCCAGCCACAUUCACCCGCUGCCAGAGAUCAACCAGCCCAAAGCCACCAGCCACCCCAGGCCCACACCUUAAUCCUGGCUCCUUAACCCACCUGAUUUAUCCACUGGACAACACCUGUAAGGUGGGCACCUAAAGCCCCCACCCCUUCCCCCUCCUCCUCCUCCUCCUCCACGGAAAUAAAGUUACGGAGGAGUAUUGAUGCUCUGAAAAUGCUAAGACCCCCACGGAUUUGUUGAAUCCCAUUUCUCCUUCUAGCUUGCCACAUACUUUAGCUUAGCCUGAGCUAGAUGUGAUCCAACAGUGUCCAUCAUCCGGGGUUAGGCUUGGCAACAUGCCUGGACUCCUCACUAAUCUGUUCCCGUCAUCCCAUUACAACCAGUAAGGAUGUGACGCUGGAAGAUGGCAUGAACGGGGGAGAUAAGCGGGCAAAGGACAUCGUGGAAAGGCGAUCCUCAUCAUUUAUUUAUUUGCGAUCCAGACCAGGAUUGAAAUAGUCUCUAUCACAACCUCCCCUGCGUCUCCCUCCGAUGUGGACGUUCGUGACCAACAGGAGCACUUUUUUUUUU